AUGAUGGAUUUUCCCAAGGAGGGAUCACGAAUCAGGAUUCCAGACUUCACCCAGUUGAUUGACCUGGCAUCUGAGUCAGUAGGAGGAAAGGUUUUAUUUUCAACAGAUGACUUUUUCGCUCCUGCAGAAAACCUUAUAAAGAGUGAAAGCCCAAUGUUUAAAGAACAUGAAUACACAGAGUUUGGGAAAUGGAUGGAUGGAUGGGAGACCAGAAGAAAAAGAAUUCCAGGUCAUGAUUGGUGCAUUGUCAAACUGGGAGUACAAGGGAUUAUCCGAGGCUUUGAUGUGGACAUCUCUUAUUUCCUGGGAGAUUAUGCUCCCCGAAUUUCAAUUCAAGCAGCUAACUUGGAAAAAGAUCAACAACCAGAAAUCCCCCAAAGAGGACUCAGGACAGGAUCCGCAGCCACACCUCAGGAGUUUGAAGCCAUUGCUAAGCUAAAGUCCAACAACUGGCAUUACUUGGUUCCCAUGACAGAACUUAAGCUAGGAAAGCCUGCUUCCAGCCACAAUUACUUUGCUGUUAAUUCUCUGCAGAGAUGGACUCACAUAAGACUCAACAUUUUCCCAGAUGGUGGAAUUGCACGUCUUAGAGUAUAUGGUAUUGGACAAAAAGACUGGACUCUAUCUGACCCCAAAGAACCAUUGGAUCUGGUGGCCAUUUCUGCUGGGGGUGCCUGUGUAGGAUUUAGUAAUGCACUCUGUGGACACCCAAACAAUAUCAUAGGAGUUGGCAAGGGAAAGUCUAUGGCAGAUGGUUGGGAGACUGCAAGAAGGGUGGACAGACCCCCAAUUUUAAAGAAUGACGAGAAUGGCAUCCUCCUUGCUCAGGGUUGUGAGUGGGCAGUUUUCCGAUUGGCACAUCCAGGUGUAAUAACUCAAAUUGAGAUUGAUACAGACCAUUUCAAAGGCAAUUCUCCUGAUAGUUGUAAACUGGACGGUUGUGUCUUGACCACUCAUGAGGAGGAAAUCAUGAUGAAACGAAAGUGGAUUCUUCCAGUCCACAAGUGGAAGCCACUGCUCCCAAUCACAAAGCUGUCUCCCAACGAGAGCCAUUCCUUCAAUAGCCUGACCCUGGAGCUCCAGGAUGUCAUCACUCAUGUGAGGUUCACCAUUUCCCCGGACGGGGGUGUGAGCCGCCUCAGACUCAAGGGCUACCCCAGCUCCAUCUGCCUCCUGCGCCCACGGGAGAAGCCCUUUUUGAGGUUCUCAGUUAAACCAGCGUUCAGAGAAAAUCUCUAA